AUGGCUGUGGCGUUGGAUGCUGUUUGGGUGCGGGUGAAAGGCGUGUGCAAGCAGAACGGACUUCUCAUCUUAUCCGUACUGGCUGUUGUCAUCGGCUGCCUGCUGGGCUUCUUCCUGCGCUCUAAGCAGCUCUCUGAGCAGGAGGUUAAGUACUUCCAGUUCCCUGGUGAGCUGCUGAUGAGGAUGUUAAAGAUGCUCAUUCUUCCCCUCGUUGUGUCAAGUUUGAUGUCUGGACUGGCAGCUCUGGAUGCGAAAUGCUCAAGCAGACUUGGUCUGAUCACUGUGUCCUACUACCUGUGGACCACCUUUCUUGCUGUGGUGGUGGGAAUUGUGAUGGUGUCCAUCAUUCACCCUGGUGGUAUGGCUCAGAAAGAGGACUCAGAGGACAGCGGCAAGCCUAUCAUGAGCUCAGCCGAUGCUCUGCUUGACCUUAUACGUAAUAUGUUUCCUGCCAACCUCGUUCAAGCCACUUUCCAGCAGUAUCGAACAAACAGUGUGCCAAUCAUGAAGACACCCAAGACAACAGUUAGCCAAGGCCUAACAGAGACCACUACAAGGAGAGCACUGAUUUAUGGCAUCCAGGAUGACAAUGGCACAGACAUCCAGAACUUUCAGCUGGACCUGACCCCUCCCCCUGACGUGGUUUUCCGCACACUGCCAGGCACUAGUGAAGGCAUGAACGUUCUGGGAAUUGUCAUCUUCUCAGCAACCAUGGGUAUAAUGCUAGGCAGAAUGGGUCCUAAUGGCAGUGCACUGGUCAACUUCUGCCAGAGUUUGAAUGAAGCUGUGCUAAAGAUUGUCGCUAUUGUCAUAUGGUAUUUCCCAUUUGGGAUUGUGUUCCUGGUGGCCGGAAAGAUUUUGGAAAUGAGCGAUCCGUCGGCCAUGGGGAAGAAACUCGGCUUCUACGCCAUCACGGUCGUGAUGGGUCUGAUCUUGCACGGCCUCUUUAUCCUGCCUAGCAUGUAUUUCUUCAUCACCAAAAAAAGUCCCAUUGUCUACAUCAGGGGCAUCUUGCAGGCUUUGCUUAUAUCUUUAGCAACUUCCUCCAGUUCUGCCACGCUGCCUAUCACCUUCAAGUGCCUGCUGGAGAACAACCACAUUGAUCGACGCAUCAUUCGUUUUGUACUGCCUGUGGGUGCCACCAUCAACAUGGAUGGCACGGCACUCUAUGAGGCUGUGGCUGCCAUCUUCAUCGCUCAGGUCAACAAUUACGAGCUGGACUUUGGUCAGAUCAUCACUAUUAGUAUAACAGCCACAGCUGCCAGCAUUGGAGCUGCUGGGAUCCCACAAGCUGGCCUGGUCACUAUGGUGAUUGUGUUGACAUCUGUCGGCCUGCCCACUGAUGACAUCACGCUCAUAAUUGCUGUGGACUGGGCUUUGGACAGAUUUCGGACCAUGGUGAACGUGAUGGGGGAUGCCCUGGCCACAGGAAUCAUGGCUCAUAUAUGCAGAAAGGAUUUCAUCAAAGAGGGAGAUGGGGUGCCUCUGAUCUGUGAGACCAAGCCAGUGAAUGCUCAGCCGCUGAUGAACUGCCAGAACAAUGGAAGUUUCCAGCCACCUCCAGCAGGGGGCAAGCAUGAGCGCAUCCCUCCAGAUGUGGCCCGACUCAUGCAGCUUGAGGAAGGAGUGCGCCCUCUGCCUCCAGAGCGGAAAAAGCCACCCGUGCCCCCUCGACACCUGAAGAACAAGGAUAAAGACCACUGCACCAUUGACAUGAAUGGUCUGGAGACAAACGUAUAG